UCAUUAAUUUGUUGCUUCCACAGGUAGUAGAUAAAGCAUGGAAUUGUGGAUGAUAGCUUGCAUGAUUUUGACAUGGAUAUUUAUCCAUAGAUUGAGUCAAAGGUACAAGAAAGGCCCCAAAACAUGGCCACUCGUGGGGGCAGCAAUUGAACAACUCAUUAACUUUGACAGAAUGCACGAUUGGCUUGUCGAGUACCUGUCUGAAUCAAAGACUGUCGUCGUCCCAAUGCCAUUCACAACAUAUACUUACAUUGCAGAUCCUGCAAAUGUAGAACAUGUCCUUAAGACCAACUUUGCCAAUUAUCCGAAGGGUGAAGUGUAUCAUUCGUAUAUGGAAGUGCUGCUUGGAGAUGGGAUUUUCAAUGCAGAUGGUGAGCAUUGGAGGAAACAAAGGAAGACUGCUAGCUUUGAGUUUGCUUCCAAGAACUUAAGAGAUUUCAGCACUACAGUGUUCAGAGAAUAUAGUCUGAAGCUCUCUGCCAUUCUAAGUGAAGCUUCUUUCCACAACCAAGAAGUAGACAUGCAGGAUUUGUUGAUGAGGAUGACUUUGGACUCUAUAUGUAAGGUGGGAUUUGGCGUGGAAAUUGGGACUUUGGCUCCUAAUUUACCAGAUAAUCACUUUGCUCAGUCUUUUGACAAUGCAAACAUCAUUGUGACACUUCGGUUCAUUGAUCCGCUGUGGAAAAUAAAGAAAUUUCUGAAUGUGGGCAGAGAAGCUUUACUUGAUAAGUGCAUUAAAAUCAUUGAUGACUUCACCUACUCAGUUAUUCGGAGAAGGAAAGCAGAAAUAGUAGAAGCUCGAGAGAGUGGCAGAAAAAACAUGAUAAAGCAUGAUAUAUUGUCAAGGUUUAUUGAAUUAAGUGAAGACAUGGAAAGCAAUUCGACAGACAAGAAUCUCAGAGAUGUAGUCCUGAAUUUUGUGAUUGCUGGCCGUGACACAACAGCAACUACUCUCUCAUGGGCUACAUACAUGAUAAUGACCCAUGCUGAUGUAGCUGAGAAGCUUUACUUGGAGCUCAAAAAUCUUGAAAAAGAACAAGCAAAAGAAGAGAAUGUAUCAUUGGUUCAGUGUGACACUGAGGACUCUGAAUCAUUCAAUCAAAGAGUAACACAAUUUGCAGGCCUCUUGAAUUAUGAUUCUCUGGGGAGGUUAUAUUAUUUGCAUGCAGUGAUCACAGAGACACUUCGUUUGUACCCAGCAGUCCCUCAGGACCCCAAGGGCAUUUUGAAAGAUGAUGUCUUGCCGGAUGGAACCAAAGUAAGAGCAGGAGGCAUGGUAACUUACGUUCCCUACUCAAUGGGUAGAAUGGAAUACAACUGGGGCCCAGAUGCAACUUCAUUCAAACCUGAGAGGUGGCUCAAAGAUGGAUUCUUCCAAAAUGCAUCUCCAUUCAAGUUCACUGCAUUUCAGGCUGGGCCAAGGAUAUGCCUUGGGAAGGACUCUGCUUAUCUCCAAAUGAAGAUGGCACUGGCCAUUUUGUGUAGGUUCUACAAAUUCAGUUUGGUGCCAGGUCAUCCAGUGAAGUACAGGAUGAUGACAAUACUAUCAAUGGCGCAUGGCUUGAAGCUUACCAUAGCCAGACGUUCUUAAGAUGCCCUAGUAGCUAUUCUUCUGUCAUGCAAUUAGCAUCAGAUUGUAACGCAAGGGCUGGACAGUUUAUUAUCCGUUUGAAAGCUAAAACAGAAAAAAAUUGCUAAC